UCCUCUUCUUCUUACCCCUCUCUCCACUUCCGCCAUCAUCACGCCCCACCUACUCACUCGCAGUCACUCACCCCAGUAUAGUUGGAGCAGCGAGGAAGUUCUUCACCCUUUUCGUUCUGCAACUACUCUCUCUCUGAAAUGGGGAGCCGAACCCCUUCGCACCAGCUCAGUAGUGGGCUGUACGUCUCGGGUCCACCCGAGCAGCUCAAGGAGCGCCAACCCACAAUGGCGUCACGCGCCGUUCCUUACACCGGCGGUGACCCUAAGAAAUCGGGCGAGCUUGGUAAAAUGUUUGAUAUCCCAUCCUCGAAUGCGCCUCCUUUGAAAUCUUCGCGUCCCUCUUCGUCAUCUCAGCAUAGCAGUGGGCAGGUGCGAUCCGCGUCCAGCUCUGGUCCGAUAGGGAGGCACAGCGGUUCGGGUCCGAUGCCGAAGAAGACGUCGGGCUCGAUUCCGCUUCAGCCCACAGUUCUCAUCACCUCGGGUCCAGCAGGAUCCGGCCCGAUGGGUUCCUCGGAUGGCGGGAGGAGGUCGGGUCAGCUUGAACAACCGGGUUCGAUCGGGAAGGCGGUUUACGGCUCCGCCGUGACGAGCUUGAACGACGAUAUGAAUGUCGGUUUCAGGCUUUCUAAAGCGUUUGUGUGGGUAUUCAUGGUGUUGGUUGCAAUGGGCCUGCUUGUGGGGGCGUUUCUGAUGGUGGCGGUGAAGAAAGCGGCGAUUCUGGUGGCUCUUGGGGGAAUUGCCGUGCCGGUUCUGGUUUUGUUUGUUUGGAACUGCGCUUGGGGGAGACGAGGGCUGUUAGGGUUUGUAAAACGGUAUCCUGAUGCUGAGCUUAGGGGCGCCGUUGAUGGACAGUACGUGAAGGUCACCGGGGUUGUAACCUGUGGCAGUAUUCCUUUGGAGUCUUCCUACCAAAAAGUACCUAGAUGUGUACAUGUCUCGACAGAAUUAUAUGAAUACAGAGGAUGGGGAGGGAAAUCUGCAAAUCCUAAACACCGCUCUUUUACUUGGGGUUCAAGGUAUUCUGAGAAAUAUGUAGCAGACUUCUACUUAUCAGAUUUCCAGUCUGGGUUAAGGGCAUUAGUAAAAGCAGGCUACGGUGCCAAGGUUUGUCCUUUUGUGAAACCAGCCACUGUAGUUGAAGUAACAAAUGACAACAGAGAGUUAUCUCCAAAUUUCUUAAGCUGGCUCACAGACCGUAAACUUUCGAGUGAUGACCGCAUAAUGCGCCUCAAGGAAGGGUACAUCAAAGAAGGAAGCACCGUAAGUGUGAUGGGAGUAGUUCGUCGACACGAUAAUGUGCUCAUGAUUGUUCCAUCACCAGAGCCCGUGUCAACAGGUUGUCAAUGGGUCCGUUGUCUUCUGCCUAUGUAUGUGGAUGGUCUGGUUGUCACAUGUGAUGAUAAUCAAGAUGCUGACGUUGUUCCUGUCUAGAAACUCCGCUUGUCUUUUGCUUGCAAAGCUUGGGAUCACAAUGCUGAAAUGGCAGAAGCUGGAGAAAGGCUUUUGUUUCAGAAUCAGAGUUUCCUUCUUCCCGGAGUUCGUGUAAAUCGGCUUUGAAACUGCAGAGAAGCAUGCUGAUGUGGUUAAUGUGAUGUAUAAAGACGCUUAACAAGAUCCGUUCACAUCCGCUGCAACUAGCAAGGAGCUUGAAAAAGAUGCUCAUUUUCUUUUUGUUCAUAUUAUGUAUAUAAGUAGCUCGUGUUUCUUCUGUUAAUUCUUGCUUCUAUGUACUGUUGUUGCUAAUAAAAUUUAAAGUGUUAAUGGU